UCUCGUUAUGUUUUCAACUCUGCGGUGUCUUUGUCGCUCCGUACGACAUUUGGCAGCGACCGUAUAGCCUUAAAAUAACUUAAUUUGGCUCACAGUUUUAUGGACCAUUUGUGUUGGGGCCGCAUAACAGCCAUAUCAGGUAGGUGAAUGAGUGUUAUGUUUUCAGCCUUGUCUUACUGUCAGUCCUCAGUAUUGGUGCCAUAACUUCAUUGUUGUCGAUGCUCAGUAACUCCGAACGAAACACUUCGUAAUUUGGAAUUCAAAUCGAUCCAUCCAUUUGUCUACAGAUAUUGCUAUGUUUAAGUAUUUUCGACCUAUAGGCCUUUUCUGUUUUUUCUGUUUUGCAUAUCAAUGUUUCUAAGUUGGCUGCUGAUUCUCCUGUCAGACAAACAGUAUUUAUUUGUAUCUAACUAAAGCCUAAAUGUUGUUAUAGCGUUCAAUGAAGCUUGUGCAUGUCUCUUGUUAUGAUGCGGGACCACAUCUGUGUAACAUCUGGGGCAGAGACUGUGACUUAGCAUGGGAGUCGUCCUGUUAUGCUUUCAACUUUGAAACAAAAUGUAUAGGAUCAAGAUACGGCCGUCCAGUACUUCAGCACUGAUGUACUGUUUGAUAUACUGGUUUCUAAAAGUUGUCCUGUUGUCCAAAUUAGCCAUCAUUCUUUCUCAAAUACAACAGAUAAAUUCUUCCAAUCCCACUUCUUCUUGAACAAAGAAUAGCCCCAUUAUAAUGAAAUAAAUAGGUGUAAUACUAGUUACAUAAUACGUUACAAAUUAAUUGUGACCUAGUUAUUUUGCACAGCGCUUGACGUGCACUGCCUGUCACUGAAUCAUCAAGGUCUAGUUCUUAUAAGCCUAAACGUUUAGAAUACCAGUCAAAUUUAGCGGGGAUAUUAACUACAAGUAUUUAGGUGAAUCAUAUCAUCAAGUUGAUUUGGAAAACACAUUCACAUUCAGACUGUGCUGUAAGUCCCAAUCACUGUUUUUCAUUCCCAUUCAUUCAUUUCCAAAAAAUCGACCAAGAGUAUAACUGAUUAUCAGCUCAUUUAGACCAACGUGUCGAAGCACGUAUAGGGGUCAGCAGGUAGGCUGGGGACCUGGGGAAACAAACCCGUAGCCUACCCGAAACAUUCACGGCAAUUGAUUUCAUUUGCACCAAAAUGUUCUUCUGUAGAACGUCCCACUUUAAUUUUUUUAUUGUACUUUGUGUAAUUUCAAACAGUUUCUUGGAUGUUUUGUAUAUGAAUCACCAGGAUCCCAGCAUUCACUGAGUCACAUGACAUACCUUUUCCUUUUGGGAAUCAAUGCCCCGGACAAUCCGACCAUUGCCACAUGAGAUACUUCCUCCAAAACAAGUUGCCAGCAGACACUCAAAUGUGUCUUCACUUAGCAAUCCAAAAAGAGAAACGCAGUGUCGUUAUGUUCGAAAGGAGGACAUAAUUUAUCCUUAAAAAACAAAGAACCCUAUGUACCACGUAAAAUAGAUAUUGACGCAGAUACAGUAUAGCAUACGCGGGACAACGACUGCGUCGGAACAAACAUCCUUUGUUGACGUAUGGGGCUGGUCCUUCUGUGUGCACCUGGAACGUUCUCAACAGACGGAACGCAACAGUCAAUGGGCGCAGGUGUAUAGAAAUUAGCACCAGUCAGACGUACAGCGAUGCCCGGCUCGGAGUUGUGUUUAUGAAUAGACGUCGGAUCAACACAGCCGGAAGAGAGGAUCUGAGCAGCGCUAGGAAGAACCUCAGCCAGUGGUGAAUCCUCUGUGCUCCGUCAACAUGAAGACGGGACUUCCCUACGAGAGGAUGGAGGACGUUCAGCGGAGAAGAGAAGAAUACAGCAGAGCACAGAUGUACUACAGGUGUGGGCUGGCCCUGGCCAGCGUGUCCACCCUGCUGGUGCUAGCCGUGAUCCUCCAGAGCCUGAUGACCACCAGGGGGCCCUCCUCGUCCCCGGACACAGUCCCCAGCCCCAGGUUCCCCGCGGGCCGCGCCCAGACCUGCUCCGACACCUGCAGGAUAGUUUUGGUGGAGAGCAUUCCGGAAGGUUUGGUGUACAACGGGAGCACUGCCAACCCUUCCAUCUACCAGGCAUGGCUCAACCUGAUUGGUGAAGCUCGCAGCAGCCUCGACAUCGCCUCUUUCUAUUGGACCCUCACCAACAAAGACACAGGCACCAAGGAGCCAACCGCCAAUCAGGGGGAGGACGUGCUGAAGAGACUGGGCGAGCUGUCCGGGAAGCUGCCCGUGCGCAUCGCCGUGGACUUACAAAAAGACAAGCACCCUGCCAACCUGAAGUUCCUCACCAGCGCCGGGGCCAUCAUCCGCUCGGUGAACAUGCGGGGGCUCACCAACGGGGUCCUCCACACCAAGUUCUGGAUCGUAGACAAGAAGCACAUCUUCAUCGGCAGUCCCAACAUGGACUGGCGCUCGCUCACACAGGUCAAAGAGCUGGGAGUGGUGGUUUAUAACUGCAGCUGCCUCGCAGAAGACCUGGGCAAGAUCUUCGAAGCCUAUUGGUUCCUGGGCCAGAGCGGUCAGGAAAUCCCCGCUACUUGGCCCAGCAGUUUCUCCACAGCCUACAACAAGGACACGCCCCUCCAGCUGCCACUCAACGACACACAGUCGGGUGUCUACCUAUCGAGCUCUCCUCCCUCCGUGUGCGCUGCGGGCCGGACCUCGGACCUGCAGGCGGUGAUGUCUGUGAUCCAGGACGCUGAGGAGUUUGUGAACAUCGCGGUCAUGAGCUACGUCCCCAUGAUGGAGUUCUCCCGUCCCAAGCAGUACUGGGCUGAAAUUGACACCCAGUUGAGACGAGCUGCGUUCGUAAAAGCGGCCAAUGCUGGACCAGCGCUCCAGGUGCGCCUGCUGAUCAGCGACUGGGCCCACUCGCAGCCAUUCAUGCCGCCCUUCCUCAAGUCCCUGGCGUCCAUCCACGACCCCAAGCACAAACUGGACAUCCAAGUGAGGCUGUUUGUGGUACCGGCCAACCCGUCACAGAGACUAAUCCCCUACGCUAGAGUCAACCACAACAAGUAUAUGGUGACCGACAAGAUAGCCUACAUCGGUACAUCCAACUGGUCAGGUGACUACUUUGUGAACACAGCCGGAGUCGCCUUGGUGGUCAACCAGACUGCCUCGCAGACGGAAGAGGCCACUGUCCAAUCACAGCUCAAGGCUGUGUUUGACCGGGACUGGUACUCCGCCUACAGCACCCCGAUCGACCACCACUCCUUUUAAGGGCACGAUUUAGCUUAGUAUGUAGCGAUGGCUCACCAUGUUUAACACUGCAACAAUCAAAGUGCCAAGGAGCGAACACUGUUUUUCUUCCUAAUACGAAUUCAAACGCUUACCACCAUGUAAAGUUAGUUCGACUCAGAGACCUACCCGUCUUGUAGCAAUAGCUGCCCACAUCAGUAGGAUGUGCACACAUCUUUAUCGGAAGGACAUAGCCAAGUUAUCCAAGUGCUACACUGUGGAAAGAAACCUAAUCGACUACCAGAUGAUAGUCCAAUCAAAAUCAAGAAGGGUGUAAGGAGGAAAUGUAGCUUUUGCGUUGGGAGUGAGCUAGUCACUUGAGUUAAGGUGAGCGAAAUGUCCCAGAGCUCCUGUCCAAUGCACUAGUGUAGCCUUAAAUAUCCAUAAACACCCCACAAAGUUAUAUAAUGGUCGUUAUUAGGGGUCCAAGCCAACAGGUUGGAUCCCUAUUGUUUUUGUAAGGAUUAUUAUUCCUAUACUUGCCCCCCUAAAAGUGAUACCACAGCCCAAACCGUAAAUGGUGCCGACACGCGAAUUGCAUGACUAGAUCCAGAUCUGUUCGGACUAAGCAGACGACAAAAUCCAGACCUGCCGGCCACUAGGUGGCGCUAUACCAAGGAAUACGCGUUUGGGGCUAUAACUCCCACACCGAACCUCCCACAUUCAAAACUUUAUACACACAGAUGCACUGGAGUCUGCUGCAUCUUUUGGCCUAGGCCACGCCCAUUUGCGUCUAUGAAUAUUUUUCGCUAAAUCGCGAAAACCGCAAAACUGUUUUUUCCCUACUCCUCCCACAUUUCUUGACCAAUCGACACCAAACUUUGCAUACGACAUCUUCCGACGCACACGCAAAGAAUGCAUGGAACACUUUUUUGAUCAGACCUUCGACGACGAAACGGUAGCGUUUUGAAUAUUGGUUUAUUAGCUAAAUUAGACGUGGAAUAUCAAAAAUCCAAAGAAAUCCAAAAUUAGACAUCGGAUCGAGUCCAAAUUUGACACACAUGUUGGUGCUAACCUUAAUGUCGUUCGAUAAAAAAUUCGGAAAAUUUCGCCAUUAGGGGGCGCAAUAAACGAGGAAAUUGUAUAUCUUCUACAAAAUUUCGCCGCGAAAACGCUUCACUGACUUCUCGCUACUCCUACCACAGUCAAAUCCUUUGUAUCCACAGGUUCAGGGUAGCGUUUUGAACACAUGCUUCGCUUUGUGCCGGCGAAACGCACAUUUCUUGUCGCGUUGUGCCGGCGAAAUGCACACUUCUUGGACCCCUGCAUAACUGCUUGCAGUUCUAGUUGCUCUUUAUAGAUGUAAGCUGCAGCUUAACUCAAAGUGUUGACCGCAAACUCCCCCGUGAGCUGUUUCCAAGAUGAAAUCUUUGCCUUCUUCUGACCUUGACAACAAGGUGGACAAAAAAGCAAUGAGCUUUAUCAAGACGUGCAAACAGAAUCAACCUCCCCAGUAUUUCAUUCACUCAAAUUUAAAUUACUUUGUACUUUAAGUAAUGGAUCAUUAAUAUAAGCUGAGAUGAAUCCCCUUAUUUCAUCUCAUCUCAUGAAUCUUUUUUUUAAAUCUUUUUUAAGAUCUUUCCUUCAACUAGUUUAGAAAACUGUUUAGUUUUAAAUGGUGCGACUGUGGUGUUUAAAAUAAAGUUAUUUACCUCAAAGUAUUAUCUUUGACAUUACCUCUUCUGCAAACAUCGCCCCAGGUAAUCUCAGGGAGUAAUGAUUGAAUGAAUCAAAUGGUGUGUUUUCAGAAAUGCUUUGAAAUGCUGGAUUUAUUGUGAGAAAAUGUUAAUAACUAUUGGUACGCCAACUUAAAUAGCGCCAAUAGAAAAGAAAAAAAGAUAGGGUUCACUGAUAUUUUUAGCUUCCUUAUCAGAUCGAUGGGUUUUUAAACAUCUUUUUAGUUUACACCAGCUGCCUAUUUAAUGACUUAAAAAAGAUUUGUGUACAGACUUUUUCUUUGUAACACAAUGAAAUAAAUGAUUGAAGAUAUCAUUUCUGUAUGAAGUUUUCAUUGAAACCAGUUCAACCGACCAACAUACAGUGUGUAUUAUAAGGAAUUGUUUCAUUAUAAUUUAUUAAGAGUUGAGUCAUAUUAAAACUAUAUAAUGUACUUCUAGCCCAAAUCAUGGAUUCAAAUAAAAUGUUGCUGCCCCAUCCCAACACUGUAAGUAUAACAAACAAUACAAUUUUUACUUUAUGUGUUUAUUGUGAUGUCUAAUGCGCCUGGUUCUCAUUUGUAUUACAAAAGAUGUGGCUUAAAGCUCACUCUUUCUCGUUUCUCCUCGACUUUCAACAGUCUGUUGUUUUGAAGUCAGCCGUCAUUGGGCUGUCCCACCAUAGUCUCCCUCAUACCCCACCCUUCUCUGGGCUGGACCAUGAGU